AACGUCAAAACGUCAAGUAGAAAAAAAAUAUGUCACUUUUCACUUUCGCAAAGUCCACAAAUAUCCAAUUAAAAUAAAUCGAAUUAUAAAAAUCUAAAUCCAAAGAAACAAAUCCAACUGGAAGAUGUCUGCCCGAGCAGACUAUUUCUCCUUUCAAUCGAUGUGCCAAAGUCUCGCCCGAGUAUUGGCCAAAAUCGAUCCUACACCCUGGGAAAAGGUACAAUCUCUUUUUCGUUAUUGCCCACAAGAAAACGCUGUAGGUGUAUUCUGCCUAGAUGCUAAGGCUCAAGACGCUGUCCUCGCCCUAGGACUCUAUUUUCUCGAGAGUAAAUGCCAGCAUGAAGAACAAAUUGUUCCCUAUCUACUCAGACUUGCCAAAUGCCUGCCCAAGGCCGUUUGGAUUGAUGACUCAAAGUCGACAAAAAUCGAUCGUAUUCCCUCGGCGGAGAAGUUCAGUUUCUGUUUGAAUACACUUCUAUCAGACAUUGCUGCCAGGUGCCCAGAUCUCCGAGAUGAAAUAAUAAUCAAUCAAGUGGAGACUCUCUCUGCCUUGACAAACAUCAUCAAAUCCAGCAAGGAGGGAAGCAAUGCUCCUCCUCCCAUCAUUCUUUGCAAGGCCACAGUUCCGCUGCUGUUUGGACUGGCCCGGUCGAUGGGACGCUACGCUGCGGCUGAACCUCCUUUGUUAUGUCGGAUUUUCCCGUUGGAAGAGAUGCCCGUGGUUAAGAGCAAGGAGACGGCCAUCUUCAGUUCACAUGAACGCCUCGGCAGCUUCAGCCACUUUCGUUCCAUCAUUCCUCGGUCGAUGUCUGGCAGUCUGAGUCAGGAUUCCACUGAUUCUCGUUUCGCCCGUAAUGUAACGGCGAUUUGCCACGCCGCCAGCACUGUCAAGAAGCCAACGUUCCAGACGUACUUCUCAGUACCGUACGACCCCAAGACCCACUUCUUCACGAAAUGCGGCUCCAGCUUCAAUCAGUUUCCCAAUAUGAGAGUCUGUGACUCCCCCACCAAGCAGUCGAAUGGCACCCACAACCCCAUGGUCUUUCCAAUACAACAUUUGCAGACAAUCUUCUCGAUUGCAAAAAAACUGCUUACCAAGGAGAAUCUGGAACACCUGGACGAACAGGCAAGCGACAUUUUCUCCUUGCAUCAGAUCAAGGGCUACUGCUACAAGAGCUUCUCGGAGACUCUGAACCUGGUGAUGGUGACAUUGCUAAGGGAACUGCUGCAGAAUCAAAACGAUCUGCCGACCCCAUUCACCAAAGACGUGCAGGAGUUCGUCAAGCGACUGUUCCUCAAUGGCCAGACGGAGCUGCAAAACAAGCAACAGGAUCAUGAAAAGGAGAAGAAAGAAGACAACGGUGGCAUCCCGGUAGUGAAUAAAUACAAAAUCAAUGUCAUGGCUAAUGCUGCAUGUGUGGACUUGCUGGUUUGGGCGAUUCGCGAUGAAACAGUCGACGAAGAGUACAAUGUUCCUUCUUUGCAGAAUGGUUUAAAUUAUUUACUCACUAAAGAAGCCGAUAAGCUGUGUGGUCGGCUCUCCCAGAAGCUAAACUCGAUUUUGAGUCACAAAAUCGUCAUGGAUCACAUGCCUCUUCUGAUGGUGUGCCUUGAAGGACUCGGCAAACUUGCUCAAAAGUUUCCCAACAUCGCAGGAACAUCAAUAUCAUAUUUGAGGGACUUUCUUGUCGAUCCGAGUCCCAUUUUAGCCAAACUUCAUGUUUAUUCCACCGUGCAGAAUGCCCAGCAAAUUCAGAAAAAGGAUACCAAGGAAGUGACUCCGUUCAAGAUAAUUGUUCAGAGUAGUAGUGAGUUGCGAGCGAUUGAUGUAUUCGGCAAUGGAGGCAAAGGUGGUCUCACCAAAUCCGGACAAGCUGCGUUUGAAGCUUUGCGAGAUGCGGCUAUUGAGAAUUUGAGCAUUGCUCUGAGAUCGGCGCAUAGUUUGGACCAAUAUUGUGUUCCGGCUCUGGUGGCGAAUGUAUCGAACCGGCUUUUUACAGCCGAGAAACAUGAAUCAGAAUCGAGUCUAGUUAGUUUGAAUAUCAUCGUUAUGUUGGGUCAUGUUGCUGUAGCUCUCAAAGACACCUCCAAAACAACACAAAAUAUUCUACAGUUCUUCAUUCAGCGGUUUUGUAAAGUUCCCUCCGAACAGAACGUACUCAUUGUCGAUCAACUUGGCUGUAUGAUAAUCUCUCAAUGUGAACCGCAUGUUUUCGAUGAAAUCAUGAAGAUGUUCUCCCGAGUAACAGUUCAAGCAGCCUCUUUGGCAUACACAUCCAAUCCAGAUCAUCGGAAGCAAUUUUGUAAUGUAUCAGAUGCAGUUGUGAAUGCGUUGGGCAAUAUUGCAGCAAAUAUUCAAGGUGAUGCCGAGAUGUUAGAGCUUUUAGGAAAGCUCUUAGAACUGUUUGUUCAAAUUGGUUUGGAAGGUGAACGUUCCUAUGAUAACACUCCGGGUGCACAGAAGGCCAGUUCAAGUGCUGGUAACUUAGGAAUGCUUAUACCAGUGAUUGCGGUUCUAGUGCGACGUCUGCCUCCGAUCAAGAAUCCCAAAAUGCGAUUGCAUAAGCUCUUCAAGGACUUUUGGGUGUAUUGUGUGGUCAUGGGAUUCACUAAUUCUCGUCUAUGGCCAGCAGACUGGUAUCAGGGAGUGCAGCAGAUUGCUGCCAAAUCACCGUUACUCAUAUCCCAGACGACACACAAGUCUGAUAUGAGGGAGUUGAACUACACAACAGCGAUAAAAAGCGAUUCGGUGAGCUUGAACGAACUGAGAAGUCAAAUUCUUCUCCUUCUUGAUCAUCCUCCAGCUGAGGUAACAGCCUGCAUCAAUAAGUUGACAUUCGCCCAGUGCACAUUCCUGCUGAGUGUGUAUUGGCUGGAGACACUUCGAGUAGAGAACGCAGAAGAACCUAGCUUGGAACCGAUUCUAAGUUAUAUGUGCGAUACGGCAUUGCAGAAGGACAAGUCUGGAAUCUGGCAAUGUGUGAAAUGUAUUGCUGAUCAGGUGUUUGAAAAGUUCCGCAAUGUUCUCUUCAUUCAUGACGAUGUCCGCGAAAAGGUUCUGGAAUCGCAGGCGACUCUGCUACUGGUCUACUUCAACCACAUCCAUAAACAAAUCCAACUCGUGGCCGAUCAAUAUCUCUCACAGUUGGUCGAUAAAUUCCCCCAUUUACUGUGGAACCGUCGAGUCCUGUGGUGUAUGCUGGACAUACUUCAGCUCUUGGCGUUUUCCCUGACCUUGGAUCCCAACGAAGAAACGCCAACACUGCGAGUAGUUUCAACUCCUUACACUCUUCAUCUUAUGGAUUCUUUGCCAGCCCGAGAGGGCAGACUCAAGGACUUUGCUGACCGUUGUCAAGGAAUUGUUAACGAGGCUAUGAAGUGGGCUCCUCGAUCGACACGCUCACAUCUCCAAGAGUAUCCCAAUCAGAUUCCCACUCCUGUCCUGGCUCACCAUAGUGGACUGGCGCUGGCAUUUGAUUCUGUUGUUGCAAGUAGUAAAUUAUAUCCGAAUGCCCUUCCGUCCACCAAUAAGAGGCCACAUUGCGUAAACAGUGACACGCCCAGAUUUGUAUCGGUUCUAUGCCUCAGGGCUAAGUAUGCCGGGGAGAUUUCGGGAAUGCUCUCGGCUAUGAAUGAGAAGGAUAAGGCUGGAAUUGCUGAUCGCCUGGUAAAGGAUGUAUGGGAUGCUUGCAAGGAGAAAAGUGACGCUAAACAUCGAGGAGCCCUCUGGAGGGCGACUGCCUAUUUGGUUCUAUGUUCGGGCAUCAAUCGAAAGUUGCUGCAUGCUGUUUCGACAUCUCAGGUUGAACUGUUUACCGAAUCGGCCAUGGAGACUGCUGUCGAGUGCUGGCAGUGGGUCCUCACUGCCCGACAAGAUCUAGAACUGUGCUUCAUUCAGGACAUGGUAAGUGCUUGGCAGAUAACUUUCGAGAAGAAACUAGGGCUGUUCUCGGACGAAGUUCAAAUAACCAAUCCUCUGGCUGCAUACGACGGUUGUAAAUUGGUUUCCAAGCCCAUUCAAAUAGCUCCUCAUCUGAUCUGGUUGCAAUUGCUGUCGGAAAUGGUCGACACAGCAAAGUACUGCAAUCGAGAUAAAGUAGAAAUGUUCUGCAUGCUCCUCAAUCGCUGUUUGCCAAUUUCCAAGACCAACAAGCAGAAUCGGCAGGUCUCAACAGUUGGAUGUAGAUUCAAGCUACUUCAAUGUGGAUUGUCCCUACUGCAAGGAAACACCAUUGCCAAAUCGAUAGCCAGGAAUAUUCUCCGAGAGAGGAUUUAUAACAAUGCUUUGGAUUAUUUCUGUGGCCCACCAACCUGUCCAAAUCAGUCAAAGGAGCAAUUGUUGGAUGAUAUCCAAAUACUUCUUAAGUUCUGGCAGACAAUGAGGAGCGAAAAGAAGCAUCUGAUGACCACCGAGGUUGGUGAUAAUGACGUAGCCAGUGUUUUAGGAACUACAUCUUCCAGUCAAAUGCUAUCGGUGAAGCAGAAUCCCGAGACGGCAUCGCUGAUCAGUGGAAGUGAUGUGGCACGAUCCAUGUCGGGAACAGGUGGAUGGUACAACACCAUCCCCCAUUCGACUUCGACUCUAUCGAAAAGAUCAACUCGAUCGAAACGACUUCCUUAUCAGAAGGAUGCAUACGAUAAGGACUAUAUGAAGAAGAGAAACCUAAUUCUCGAGCUUUUGGCGGUUGAAUUGGAAUUCAUGAUCAUUUGGUAUAAUCCUAAUUGUUUGCCAGAUCUGGCAAUACCGGGGGAGGAGCAGAUAAACGAAUGGCGAGCCAGACCGUAUAAGUUAAAUGUUUGGAGGGACUACACACGCUUGGCGUGGUCAUACAAUCCAGCUCUAGCUGUGUUCCUUCCUUGCAGGAUCAAAAACUCAGACUCCAUUGAGGACGAGGUGACCAGGUUGGUGUGUGCUGAUCCAAUUGCAGUUGCUCACAUACCCGAGGCUCUGAAGUACCUCGUAACAACUAAAAACCUUCUUCAGGAGAGUCCUGAUCUGGUGUACGUUCUAGCUUGGUCAGCAGUAAAUCCCAUCCAAGCCCUCUCCUACUUCUCCAGACAAUAUCCGUCGCAUCCCCUAACAGCUCAGUAUGCAGUGAAAACUCUCUCAUCAUACCCAGCUGAAUCAGUGCUUCCAUACAUUCCACAACUUGUCCAAGCCCUUCGACACGACACUAUGGGCUAUGUUACUGAAUUCAUUAAAAACAUCUCCAAGAGGUCGCAGAUUGUGGCCCACCAGUUGAUUUGGAAUAUGCAAACAAAUAUGUUUAUGGACGAAGAUCAACUGCACAAGGAUCCCAAUUUGUAUGAGGCCUUGGAAUUGCUUAGUCAGAAUAUCAUUUCGUCAUUCUCUGGCUCAGCAAAGAGAUUCUACGAGAGAGAGUUUGAUUUCUUUGGAAAAAUUACUGCAGUUUCAGGGGAGAUUCGAUCGUUCCCGAAGGGUAUCGAGCGAAAGAACGCGUGUUUGGCUGCUUUAAGUCGGAUUAAGGUGCAAUCGGGAUGCUAUUUGCCAUCGAAUCCGGAGGCUAUGGUGCUAGAUAUUGAUUAUAACAGCGGAACUCCAAUGCAGAGUGCCGCCAAGGCUCCAUAUUUAGCCAGAUUUAGGGUCUACAGAUGUGGAAUCAAUGAGCUGGAGACAAGAGCAAUGGAGGUUUCAAAUAAUCCAAAUUCCCAAGAAGAUGCUCAUGCCACACAUGGAGUUGAAUCAUGGCAAGCUGCUAUAUUCAAAGUCGGAGAUGAUGUGCGCCAGGAUAUGUUGGCUCUGCAGGUCAUAACAAUAUUCAAAAACAUAUUCCAGCAAGUUGGACUGGAUUUGUUCCUGUUUCCUUACAGAGUUGUGGCUACAGCUCCUGGGUGCGGUGUAAUUGAAUGUGUACCAAAUGCCAAAUCAAGAGACCAACUUGGUCGACAGACAGACUCUGGACUCUAUGAGUAUUUCCUUCAUCAGUAUGGCGAUGAGAGUUCAAAGGAAUUCCAAGCGGCUCGAGCGAACUUUGUCAAAUCAAUGGCUGCCUAUUCUCUGAUUGGAUACUUGUUGCAAAUCAAAGAUCGUCACAAUGGCAACAUCAUGAUUGACAAAGACGGGCACAUAAUUCACAUCGAUUUUGGUUUCAUGUUUGAGUCAUCUCCCGGCGGCAACAUUGGUUUCGAGCCAGACAUGAAACUCACCGACGAAAUGGUCAUGAUAAUGGGUGGCAAAAUGGAGGCUCCCGCCUUCAAGUGGUUCUGUGAACUUUGUGUGCAGGCAUUCCUAGCAGUGCGUCCUUACCAGGAUGCCAUUGUGUCAUUGGUCUCUCUAAUGCUCGACACCGGAUUGCCCUGCUUCCGUGGGCAGACCAUUAAUUUACUUAAACAGCGAUUUGUUGCAACGAAAAAUAAUCGAGAAGCUGCUGCUCAUAUGUUGGCUGUCAUAAGAAAUUCCUAUCAGAACUUUAGGACACGAACCUACGACAUGAUACAAUACUAUCAAAACCAAAUUCCAUAUUAAGUCAUUUUCUGUGUUUUGUUUAAAUAUUUUAUUUUUCGUAUUUUCUCUUAAAAAACCUAAACUCUUGUUGAUUGUUAUUUAUUCAUCGUAUUUUUUUUUGUUUAAAUCUAAACUAAAAACCUAAUGUGAAGAGAAUUUAUUAUGUUAUUGUGUUUAAUGUGUGUUUUUAAAACUAUACUUAAUAAUUAAGUCAUAAAGGUACAUAAUUAUUAUAUUAUAAUAAAUCUUCUAUAUCUUCGUGUAUUGUAUUAUUCUGUUAAAUUCCUUAAAAUGUUAUUCCUUGUAGGUCCUGUUCGGGGAUGAUAAGCAAAAAAUAAAAAUGCAAUAUUAAAAAAAC